GGUAUCCCCCAGGCUCCGAUCUUCACAGACACCGUCGUUUUCCGGGUCGCUCCGUGGAUAAUGACUCCAAACACGUUGCCACCGGAGAACGUUUUUGUGUGCAGCGUGAAAGACAAUUACCUGUUCCUGAAGGAAGUGAAGAAUUUAGUGAGCAAAGCCAGCUGCAACAUGAAGGUCUGCUUCGGGUACAUGAACCGUGGUGACCGCUGGAUGCAGGAUGAAAUUGAGUUUGGCUACAUUCAUGCCCCUCACAAAGGCUUUCCGGUGGUCCUGGACUCCCCCCGAGAUGGUGGGCUGAAAGAGUUUCCUAUCAAGGAGCUCCUGGGUCCAGACUUUGGCUAUGUCACCAGGGAGCCUCUGUUCGAGGUCGUCACCAGUCUCGAUUCCUUCGGCAACCUGGAAGUCAGCCCUCCUGUGACUGUCAACGGGAAGGAAUAUCCUCUGGGGAGAAUCCUCAUUGGAAGCAGUUUCCCCACAUCAGCCGGAAGGAGGAUGACCAAAGUGGUGAGAGAUUUCCUAUAUGCCCAGCAAGUCCAGGCACCCAUAGAGCUCUACUCCGACUGGCUCACCGUGGGUCACGUAGAUGAAUUUGUGACCUUUGUGCCCAUUCCUGGCAAAAAGAGAUUUGGCCUACUUCCCUAUGGACCAGCUGGGUGUUACAAUUCCGGAUGCUAAAAGGAGAAAGAGGGCCACGGGGAAGCCACCAUGUUCAAAGGUUACUCAGGAACAGACACAAAACGGGUCACUAUUAACAAGGUCCUCUCCAAUGAGGUCAUGAUGGAAGAGAGCCAUUAUGUGCAGCGCUGCAUUGACUGGAACAGAGACAUCCUCAAGAAGGAGCUGGGGCUCAUGGAGAAAGACAUCAUCGACCUCCCAGCUCUCUUCAAGAUAGACAAGAAUGGCAAAGCCAUGGCAUACUUCCCCAACAUGGUGAACAUGAUUGUGCUGUCUCGAGACCUGGGGGUCCCGAAGCCAUUUGGGCCCAUCAUCGAGGGAGAAUGCUGCUUGGAAGAGCACGUCCGCUCCCUCCUGGAGCCUCUGGGACUGAGCUGCAGCUUCAUUGAUGACAUCUCCUCCUACCACAAGAUGCUGGGAGAGGUCCACUGUGGCACCAACGUGCACCGGCAGCCCUUCUCGUACAAGUGGUGGAAUGUGAUUCCCUAAUCGCCGAGCGGCUUGGGAUUCCUGCCUUAGACGCUCACUUGGAGGCUGCUUUGUUGUUGUUGUUGUAGUUUGUUUGCUUGCAGUUGGUCAGGUUAACCUAUAUAACUUUGCUACGGAGUCUCAGUGCCCUGCUUUGGCAGCUGUGUGUGUGGUGUGUUUUGCCUGGCAGGUGGUAAGGUCCUUCAGCAAAGCGCAUGCCCCAGCUCUCAGCCCAGUCCACCCUUGAGAGCGUGCAGAGGUCUUGGCAGCUGGAGGAUGAACCAAUUGGGGAUGGAAAGGCACAAAGAAGGAUUUGCAAGAACCACAGUAAUGAAACCCAUCAUCUGCUGAGUUUUGCUGACAACAAUUUGUAAUAACGAUAAUAAAAGGGUGGGGAGAAAAGUG